AGCUACAGCCCCAUUUCUCGCUCUACCGGUCGUCGGGGUUAAAGUUGAAGUCGUUCAACGUUCAAUUCUCAGGCUACAGACUGCAUGUUUUGAUUCUACUUUCCAGAGAUAUUUCAAAUCUUUGUUGACCCCCUCCCACACACACCAAAAAUGGAGACUUCUCGCGAUAUUCUGAGAGUGUUCUUGUGCGGCGCCCACAGCACGGGUAAGACCACCCUUCUGAACGACCUGAGUCAGGCGGUGAGGAUACAUGGUGAACCCGAGGUGGCCAGGAAGGUUAUACAAGACAUGGGGCUCACACGGGAGGACCUCGACUAUAGGAAGAACCCAAGGGCAUUCGAAGAUCUCCAGCUGAAGAUUCUAGACGCCCAGUGCGCGACGGAGCGGAGAAAUGCCGAGGCGGGUAGAGACUACAUCGCAGAUCGGGGGAUAGACCCAGUGGUGUACGCUGCCGUCUGCCUGGGGAACGACGCCAAACAACGUCUGAUGGGAACGAAUCAGGCUAAGGAGUGCAUCGAAAGGUACAGGAAGUCGCUUGUGUUCGUCCUUACACCGCACCAGGAGUGCAUCCAGGAUGACGGCUUCCGGAUGAUGGGAACUCUGGAGGACCUACAGUGUUACACCGUCGCCAUGACAACCAUCCUGCACGAGAACGACAUCCCCUUCACACACAUCCGGGACCUCGACAGGCAGAAACGAGUCCAGAUCGUCCGAGAAAAAAUUCUAGAAAUUAGGCCUGACCUUGGUGCUGAAGAUAAAGAUAACAAGUAAUCAUGAUAUUCUCUAGAUCAUUAAGAUGAUUGGCAGCUUUUUAGUUACCACAAAGUCCAGAAACUAAGGCUUGAGGAAUUCAAAAAGAAAAUGUGUUUUAAAGGUGAAAGUGCCCAACGGUAGCCAUGUGCACAUAUGUGUGUAGUAUCUAAUUAAACUUAAUGAAAGUUCUGA